UUAGAUCUCUGGAACUUAGGUCGUCUGCUGCUCGUACGAAAAAACCUCAAAUGUCAUUUUUGUUUUAGUCUGCUCUGGAACUCCCCAUCAGUCUCUACUAUAUCCCGUGCUUGUUGCUAUGUCCAUUGUGUCUCAAUUUCUUCUCUUCUGUUAACUUUCCAUGGAUAGAGUCAACUAAACAAAUAACAAUGCUGUCACUGAGGCAUUUCUCCCUCACAUUCUGCAAAGAAAAAAGAUCUAGCUGUGUAAGGCAUUUGACUCAUUUUGCUUCAUCACAAUCCAACAAUGUGGGAAAUGACAGCAAAGCUCUCCCACAGAGUAAUCCUAGUGUCAGUUCCUAUUACAAAGUUAACAACCAAAGUGCCAUAGACACUGCUGCUGGAAAACCUUCUGUAAGAUUGACACCAUAUAUGAUCCUAUAUUCCGGAAAAAGUCAUGAUGGCAGUCAUUUAUUGAAAAGUGCCCAGUAUUUAUGGAAGGAACUUCCAGUCAGAAUUGCACAUCGUAUCCACGAAUUUAGAUCUCUACCCUUCAUCAUAGGUUGCAACCCAACUAUACUUGAAGUGCAUGAACUUUACAUUCGAGCAUUUAACAUCUUGAACAAUCAUCCUGUGAUACGUACUCCUGAAGAUGAAGCUGCAUACAGCCGCUUACUAAGGAAUCUCCUUGAUGAUCACACACAUGUGGUCACUCAACUUGCUGCUGGCUUUAAGGAGUGUCGUAAACAUAUUCAGAACGAAGAUCUAGUCCGUCAGUUCUGCGAUCGAACUUUGACGUCUCGUUUGGGAAUUCGUCUAUUGGUUACCCAUCAUUUGUCGCUACGCGAAGAGAAGCCUCAUCACGUAGGCAUCAUCAAUAAAUCUCUGCGGUUAAAGGAUCUCGUCGAGAAAUGGGCCGAAUUUACCAGACGUUUAGCUUUCCACCGUUACGGGAAGUCUCCUGAUAUUCGUUUGAGCGGACACGUCGGUUCAAGUUUCCCUUACAUAACCCUCCCGCUAGACUACGUAUUACCGGAAAUAUUUAAAAAUGCUGUACGCGCAACAAUUGAAUCUCAUCCUGACGCCUCAGAGUCGUCCCUGCCAUCCAUUCACGUCACAAUUGCAAAUAACGAAGUGGAUUUUAUCCUAAGAAUUUCAGAUAGAGGAGGUGGUAUUCCGCACGCCGUCCUGCCAAAAGUCAUGUACUAUAACUAUACUACAGCGGAAGAGAGCACGGAGCAGCGACUUGCGGUUGAUCCACUAGGCAAUAUCAUUGACGCCAGCAACCCUGGUGCUGGUUCUGUGUCUCCGAUGCAUGGAUUCGGGUUCGGUUUGCCAACAUCUAGAGCCUACGCUGAAUAUCUAGGAGGAUCAUUGACCAUUCAGUCUCUUCAAGGCUUGGGAACGGAUGUUUAUUUGCGAUUGAAGCAUAUCGACUCGAAACAUGACGCCUUCCGAAUUUAGGCCGUUUCUCUCUCUCUCUCUCUCUCCAGCCCUAGUUUUUCUCAUUCGAUAAUAUCGAAAAAACAAACAAGAAAAUCAAGCAUAUUUUCCUUUAUGCUAUCAGUUUUGACAAGUCUCUCAACGUAAUUCUUAAUUAUUAGUAGUAUAACGUCGCCCAACUGCCGUUCAACGCGUUUUAAGUGCAUUGUUUUUCAAUCUCGCUGGAAGAGAAUGGUUGCUCGGAA